CCAACAGAACCAGGAGCACAGGAAACCAUGAGAGCUAUCACACUGGUGUGUCUGGCGGUGUGCGUGGCGGCCGUGGCGGCACGGGCCCCGCGGUACAGGAGGCACGCCGACCUCGACGAGGCCGCGUCCCACCACUGGGAGAAGGGCGGCGGCGACGAGCACCACGGCGACCACCACCACGAGCACGGCGGCGGCGGCGAGAAGGGCUACAAGGGACACCACGAGCACGAGCAUGGCAAGAAGGGCCACUCCCACCACGAGGGCCACAAGGGACACUACGGCGAGCAUGGCGGACACAAGAAGCACCAUCACCACGACGACGGCUACUAUGACGAGCACCACCACGGAGAGAAGGGAGAAAAAGGACACGGCUUCGAAGAGAAGGGACACUACCACAAGGGACACUCCACCAAAGGCCAUCACGGUGUCCACAAAAUAGACGAGUUCAAGAAGGACAAGCACUUCCACGACAAACACGGCGAAUCAGGCUUCGAAGAGGGCUACGGCGGUCACCACCACGAGGGCGGCCACGAGAAGGGCGGCCACUUCCACAAGGGACACAAGGAGGGCGGCCACCACGAGCACCACCACGGCAAGAAGGGCCACCACGAGGAGGGCGGGCACCACCACGACCACAAGGGACACCACGACGAGGCCGGCCACCACGAGCACCACCACCACCACGAGGGCCACGGCAGCAAGGGCGGCCACGAAGACCACAAAGGCUGGGACUGGAAGAAGGGACACAAAUAAGUUUAUUGUUUAAUUGUUCGCGCAUUUGUUUUUGUUAAUGUUUUGUGAAUUUUGUGAUACGGAAUGAAAUAAAUUAUUUAAACACUU